CUUGAAAUUCACCCAGCCAGCCCUCCCACUUCUUCUCUACUUCUCCUCUAGAACCGAUCUGUGACCUCGUUCUCAUACAUAUUCUCUCUCAAAUUAAACUUCAUUUGACUAUACGUCGAUAAACGUUUCGAUUCUAUCAGAAAGUCUACUCAAUUCCAAACCGUUCCAGUCGCGUUCCUCGCAUUGCGUGUCGACGAACGCGCCUUUCGCAGAACCAUACCACGUCGGAAUCGCGUCUUUCGUGACUGGCCACCACAAUGAGCUCAAUCACUCCUUUAGACACCUCCCAGCAACCACGGGACCCGUCAGAAUGCUCCUCUCUGGCGCGAAAACCUUCACUGUUACCUGCAUUUGAGCUACUGUCAUCGUCACCAGUCGCACGAUCACUUACCACGAAACGCAAAUAUGAAGACGACUCGCCUUGCAAAAGACAACCAGAGGUCAAAUACUACCCCACACCAGUACCUACCUCUUCAACAGGCAUCUUGCCCUCCUCGCCGUCCGCCCGUUCGACGCGUCCGAGACUGCAACGUACCGCGUCCACUGUGUCCCAACGUGCAGCCUUGACUGCUAUGCCCUCAGUGGAUCUUCCAGCCGAUGGAACAGUCGUUACCAUGGGAAGGUCUAGCAACUCCUCAGACUACCAACUCUCCGUCAAUCGCUUGAUCUCACGUGUACACAUCCUGGCAUCGUAUUGUGCCCCGACCAUAUCUCACAAAGAUGGCGAGGUUAGGGUGGAAUGCACCGGCGCGAAUGGUGCAAAAGUACACUGUGGGGGCCGGGCUCAUCAUCUGAGUAAAGGCAGCACGUUUUCGUCAGAUAAGAAGAGGGAAGAAAUCAUGAUAGAUGUGCAAGAUGCCCGCGUUGUCCUCGUAUGGCCGUACGUACCACGACGAUCGUUGAUAGACCAACAAGCAGAGUCAGCAUGGAACGUGGAUGAUUCACCUUCGAGGCGGUUACCGUCUUCUCCACCGAACAUAUUUGCGUCAAGUCCGCCACCAUUCAAUAUGUCCCCUGCCUCGACAAGCUGCAAUCGCCAACUCGAAUUGGCAGGAACCUUCACUGGUGAUCAUGAAAUCAAAGUAUAUGAGGACGCGGAUACGAGACAAGGGGAAGAGAACACACACGUGACCGAUGAACCUGUUUCUGUAAACGAUGCAGCGCCUAGUCGGAAAUCACGAUCCAAUACUCAUUCCAUGGAGAAUCUCCGAGGGUCAACUCAAAGUAGUGCUCUAUCAUUCCCACCCGAUGAUCUGUCAGAUCCUGACGAAGAGAACGAUCCCAUCAUCCACUCAUUUGGCCCCUUUGGAGAUGAUAUUCUGGGCCGCAUGGCUUCUUUCUCAACUGAGAGCAAUCCUAUGGCAUCACCCCAACGGCGCCGGCAGGUGCUAAAAUCUUCCCCCAGAUCUCCUGCUCGCAAAGCAAGUCAUGCGGUCGUCUCGAAGAUUAAUGAGUCACCUAUUAGAAAUCAUGUCAUCAAUCAGCUCGCAUUCUCGCGUCUCCACUCCAUUCCCUUGUCGACCAUCAUGGGCAAUCUACCUGCAGAGCUCAAGGGCCAGGCGACUUCGUCCAACUUCAAAAUAGAUUCGCAAGAUGACACCACUCGGUUAGAUCUACUUAGCCGAGAUGCCUUGAAGACUAUCCUCGACAACAUUCCAUGUGUUGGUGAGAUCGCUAGAGAAGGCAAAGACGCUGCGGGGAAACGACUUGAGAAUGAGUUCUACUAUGUCCCUGAGAUGGAUAAUGACCAAGCUCGUCGGGACACUGUCACUGGAGGUCUUGGCAAGACUGGACUCCGCGCUGUACGAAAAAACCACAAGCAAUACUACUGGAAGAAGCCUCGUUGCUAGUCCACACAAACUGCUCUACACGGUCUUCAAGCUUCUAUGGUCCAACACAGAACAGAAGGACCCUCAAAAUCAUCUUGAUCAUAUACCUACCCCUCAAUACAGAUAACCUUCGCCGUAUAUACCUGUUUUUGUCUUCACUUCUGCGUUUUGCAUAGCGCGCGGAUUCCUGUUAAAU